AUGAUCAAAGAAAUUAAUGGAGUUAUGCCAUAUAUAGCACCUGAAGUUUUAAUGGGUAAAUCGUUCACGCAAGCGGCUGAUAUCUACAGCUUUGGAGUCAUCAUGUCUGAAGUUUCAACUGGAAAAAGUGCAUUUUAUGAUGAAUCUUUCAAUAUUAAUCUUGCAGUAAAAAUUUAUCGAGGAAAAAGACCACAAUUUGAUGAAAGAACACCUGAUUAUGAACCAGGAUUAUGA